UACCUACCUUAACUGACACACUUUGGAACCUUUGACAGUUAGCAUGAUAGCAAGGAGUUGCUAACUAGCAUUAAGUCCUCAGAUAACAUGCCCGUAAACUAGUCAGCACAAAGGUAAAAGUACGGAGGGUUUUUGCAGCUGUAGUUUGUGAACCCCUCACGGUCCGACCAUGUUUUCAUCUGUCUGGAAUUUUGUUAAACGCCACAAAAGGAAAUUUAUUGUCACUGGAGCUGUAGUUGGAGGAGUGUACUUUCUGGGUAGAUAUGCCCAGAAGAAGAUCAGAGAUAUCCAGGAGAAGGAGGCCACCGAGUACAUCGCUCAGGCCAGACGACAGUUCCACUUUGAAAGCAACCAGAGAACCUGCAACAUGACCGUGCUGUCCAUGCUCCCUCCACUGAAAGAAGCCAUCAUCAGUCAACUAAAUUCAGAAAGCCUCACUGCACUACUCAAGGCUAAAUCCCGACCGGUAUUGUCAACCGUCACUACAAUCAUCGUGUCCGUCUGUCUGUCUCCAGGUUUGACAGAGUUGAUGACCGUGGUGAAGAGAGCAGUACAGAACUCACUGGGAGGCGUGUCUCUGAAGCAGAGCCUGUCUCUGCUGGAGUUGGAGCAGCAGCUGAGCUGGAUCAGGGCGGAGGUGGAGGCCGGCUCCGAGCGGCCCAUGUCCUGGUACAUGCUGGCUGACGACGAGAACGCGCUCUCCGACCAGGCGUGCGGGCUGACGGAAAACGAUGUUGGGACCAUCCGACUGUUAAACGAGACCAGAGACAUGUUGGACAGUCCAGACUUCUCCACGGUCCUAAAUGCCAGUUUGAACCGGGGUUUCUCUCGUCUCCUUGACAACCUGGCCGAGUUCUUCCGCACGCCUCCCUGUGACUCCGCCCCCAGCUCGGCACCUGAUAGCUUGUCUGCCGUCGGUCUGCCGCUGGCGAAGAUCAUCCCCAUCAUCAACGGUCAGAUCAACACCAUCUGCAGUGAGACUCCCAGCCACUUUGUUCAGGAGCUGCUGAUGAACGACCAGGUGAAGGAGUUUGCGGCCAACGUCUACGAGACCUUCAGCACGCCACAGGAGCUGCAGAAAUAAUCAGCCAAACAGGAAGAGGAGGAGGAGGAGGAGGAGGAAGAAAAGAGGGAUGUGCCCAGCAAUGAUAUAUCAGCCCUUGACUGUUCAUCCCUCCUUCCUUUCUGUGGGACAUGUUUCUCCUCCAAAUCCUGCUGACGUUGACUCUGUGACGGCGGUGAUUCACGGCAGAAGUGUCCACGUCAAAGCAGCGUCUGUGUCCCCCCCCGUGACCACGGCCCUUCUGGAUCAUUGACCUGUCGGAGGGACGAGACUCUCGCACCGGGUUUGGAGUCACAGCAGAGCCUGUGCCUAACGCUAGGACCACUGCAUCCUGGGAAGUGGAGUCUUAUUUAACCUGGUCAUAUGGUUUGAUUAACCCUGAAGAGGUGGGAAACAGUAAGGAACAAACACACAGAGGCGGUCAGAAAGCGUGGAGAAGGAUCACUCACGAUGUUGGUAGUACUGAUUUUAAGGUAAUUUUCCCCCUUUUCCAUCAGCAGCGGUGAGUGUUUUAAGUCUGUUUACAUUCCAGCUGUUCCUCUGCACCCAGGGUUUCCCUUUCUCUUCUUUUUUUUCUCACAAAUUAAUCCAGGUGGUAUGUGUUGGACUGAUGUGGGCUGAUGCGUUUGUUUACAUGCACACCAAUAUUAUACUAUUAUUCCCAAUUUAACACCGGUCAUAUGAACAGCAUUUUCCGGUUGGAUAUUCCGAAUAAGGCCUUUUUCCGAAUGUUGAACUUUCCUAUUAAGACGUGGGAUAUUCUGGUAUUAUUCAGGUUUUAGAAGGACCCUUUGGAAACGUUUACAGCGUCACAAUCUGGAGUUUACGGCCUCUUGCCUCUUUACGGCUCAUGGUCUGCUCAUGUGCGUUGCUAUGGUUUCUGUACAUGAACCAACCAGCCAACAGUUGGCAAGGCUGCAGACCGAACAAGGAGGAGAGACACAGCUACUUUUAAACCUUAUCAAAGACGUGGAUAUCAACAGGUGUGUGGAAGCUGGUUGAAGGAAUGAAAGAGGGACGCUGUGUUCACACGGUCCAACAAGUCCUCCACCGCGGCUACAUGUAAACAGGAAUGGUAGCAGACUAUUCGCUUUCAUUAGCCAUGGAAACAGCUAAGUCCGAAUGUUGUCUUUUUUUGGACUAAGGGAAAAAAACAGAAUAUUACGUGCAUGUUAACAUAGUCAGUGAUUUUAUUUUGUCUGCUAAUUAGUGUUUUUUUUUUAAUUUGAAAGCAAAAGUGAUUAGAUUUUUUCAUUUCCUUCUCUUUGAAAUGUCAUAUUAGCACAACCAGUGGUAUUAAUUAUUCUAAAUUAAAUGUGUAAUCAAACCAGCAACUUAUCAGAGGUGGUCAACAUCUAAGUUUAAAAAAGAAAAAAGCCAUUUUUAAACUAACUCAUCAGUCCAACAGAAGUUAUGUGUAGUUUCUGUUUUUCCAUCCAAAAGACAACCACACAGCAGUUCACCUUAUUUGGUGCCGUCAAAAACAUAAGGCAAGCGGACUGGAAAAUGUUCCGUUUUCAGUUUUUAUGUCAGUGUUUAGGAGCACGUAGAGUUUAAAUCCUAUUUGUCCGAUGCAGUACCCUUUUUCACCCAGAAGGUGUCGCUGUAUGUCAGCUGGAGUGAGAAUCCCUCUGCCUUGCCCUCUUCUGUCUUUAAAUGAAGGGCUUCAGUCCCAAAAAAGUUUCUCCUGUUUUUAAGGUAAAUUAAACUUCCUCUUUGUGAUUUUUUUCCCCGUAUUUAACAACAACAAAAAAUAUCACAAUGGAAGAUAAUAUGGUUUUGGAAUGAACUCCUUCAAUAUUUAACGAUGCCCCCCCCCUUUCUCUGUUUCUGACACUUCUCUUUGGACUUAAUUUGUACGUGACUUCUUGCAAAAUUUAAAUGAUUUUACAGUCGUGUUUGUGGAAAUUACAAGACAAGUUAUUUAAAGCCGACCCGGGUUCUCAGUGCUCCCGUCGACCCCAAGUGCUGCAUGUUUCCACACAUCUGAUCAGUCACUCAAAUCAGCUGUGUCAUGCUGAACAAGAGCGCCUUGUCACACCUGAGUCUAAUCUUAAUCAUGCAUGGGUCUGAGUAGGGAGAGGAGGAAAUACACUACAAACACAAACAUUUUUAGCUUUUUACAUUCAUCGCAGAUUCAUUGCAAAAUAACUCUUUAGCAUCACUUUAUUAGUCCUGUUUUCUUUGAUCAGUACCAUGCAUACUGUGGGGAGAUGAUUCCUCUUACUGACAGCUGAUUCAUCUACCAAUCACAUGACAGACUGACUGAUACUGUUUCUACAUGUGUCGUUCAGGUCUAGUUCCCAGGUUAGGUAUGCCUCUUGAUAUAAUGUUGCAUUGUGAGUUGUUGAUAAGGGCUGUCUUUGAAAGUUCAAAUUUUAAAAAGAAUAAAGGGAGAUUGACAGUUUGGAGAUAUCAAUGUCAAAAGUAAAGAAAACUGGUUAUGCCUGGGACAUUUGUGGGAGUGUUGAACAUCCUAAACUGUGGGGAGUUUCAGCAUAUUGAUCAUGGAAAACAAUCUUUACAUUAUACAUUUGACUUAGG